CACUCCCUCCCCAGCCGACUCACCAGUAAUGCCAAGGCAUUCCCCUAUCCCAUGAACCCCAAGUGCCCAACCCCCAUUCCAGCAAACCAUCCGACGCUGCUGCUGCACCCUAAACUUUGCGCACUCAUCACCAUGUCGCCGCGCCGGCGACCUGAGUUGACCUUGACCUGCUCCGUCCGGUGCCCUUCGCAAGGGCUCGCACCCUCUCCCCCCCCCGCCUGCCCCCCUCUGUCCCCCCACGCGCGAGAUUAUCCUCAAGCCCCCAUCUCCGCGCGGGGGGACGAUCACCUUCACAGUCUCCUCUCCUCACCCCGCACCCCGCGGCAGCGCCUCGCCGCGAGAUGAUGACAGAGCUGCGAGCCUCGCAACGAACGAGGGCUGCACUAUAGGCCGCGACAGCUCCGAUCCGAGGUCGAGUCGAGCCCUACCCGACCUAUGCUACACUUCUGUAGUACUGCCAGUACAGUGUACUACCCCCCCCCCCCCCCCCCACUUCCCCCCCUCCCCGCAGCACUACAAGCACCCCAGCGUUGUGAGGCUGUUGUCCCCCGCGAUAACCUUGUGCUCUCCCCUGCAUCGGCUCCCACAACUUCACUGCAGCCUUGCUUCCCGGGUUCGGGUUUGUUUCGAGCGGAGACAGCCUACUAGGGUUACAACCUCAAGUCCCAGCGUCAGUGACGCUGCUUCCAGAGAUCCCGUCCUCGUGAUAUAGUGUAUUAGCGGGAGGCGCGAGAAGCACAGCCGCGCGGCGCGCGAACACCGAACUGCUGCUCCUCACGUAGUGCUACGCCGCCAGUCUGAGUCGUUAGACUUGCAGAUCGUGCGGAACGAUGCCGCGCGCCACACCUAGUAGUUCUCGGCCGGAACGAUGCGCCCCGGCCACACGGCGCCGCAUUGCGCCUUCCGCGGUGUGGCCCGCGCCGCUCCUCGCAAGCUUCAACUUUGCCGCCGCCGCCGCACCUCGCCUGCUCCUCCUGACGGCCCUCGCGGCCCUCGCGCUGACUGUUGCCGCGGAUUGCGCCUUCUCCGCCUCCAAUCGUCUGGCAGCUCUUUCCGGCAGCGCUGGCCCAGCGGCGGCGGCGGCAGCGGCAGCGGCGGCGCCGCCCCCACGCCAAUACCACGCCUCCCUGCCCCUGCAUGGCCGGCGCGUGCCGCCGAAGCAGCGCCUGCGGAUGGCCGCCGCUCCCCUCGCCCGCCCCGCCGCCGCCGCCGCCCGCGCCCGAGCGCGCCGCUCCCUCUUGAAGCGAGUCGACGCUACCGCCAAGGCGACCGCGGGCGCCGCCGCCGCAGGGAAGGCGGUCCUUCUGGAGGCGUCGCAAUUGAGCGCGCUGGUGCAGCUGAACAAGGCGUGGGGCGCGUGGGGGAAGAACGGCAACGCCAGCACCGCGUGUGCGGCAUGGAAGGGCGUCACGUGCAGCCCCAAGGGCCUCGUCGUUGGCCUGGAUUCGAACGAGUUUCCCCAAUCGGAUUCCUCUCCCACGGGCGCCAUGCCUGCCGCCAUCAGUACUCUCGCCACUCUCCAGCACCUCGAUCUGACCUACAUCAAUCUCGUGGGGACCAUUCCAUCGCUCGCCACUCUCACCAGCCUCACCCACCUUGCCCUUGGAACGGACGGCAACACGGUCACUGGCACUCUGGACGGACUGGCAUGGCUCUCCUCCCUCUCCAACCUGCAGACAUUGUUUCUUGGCUACUUUGCGGAAUUCACAGGGGAUUUGUCCUCCCUGCACAUCCUCUCUCACCUGGAAAAGCUUGAAAGCCUGACAGUCACCUCGUUCACCAAUGCCACGGGGGAGAUUCCCACGCAGAUCCGAUACAUGACUGGCCUCACUGCGCUGAAACUUUCCUUGCUUCGUGCCGUGGAGUUUCCCGAUUGGGUCACUCACCUCUCCAACCUGCAGUCUCUGAAUGUGGACUCGGACGAUCCAAGGCGGCAGGGCCUGUUGUCCGAUGACAUCUCGCUGCUCACCGCGCUCACCAGCCUAUCCAUCGGAGGCAACAACCUGGAGGGCUACCUGCCCAAGAGCUGGUCCACUCUGGUCAGCCUGGAAUACCUAACAUUAAACAACAACCGUCUUCAAGGCACCAUCCCAGCCACACUCUCUGCCCUAACAGCCCUCGUUGAUGUAAACCUUUCGUGGAACUAUCUUUCUGGCACAAUACCUCCCGCUUUCACCACCAACAUUGGGACACUAUCCCUUGGCUACAAUGCCUUCACUGGAAACAUCCCGCCACACCUCGCACUGCCCAGCCUCUCUAGUCUGCAACUGUCCAACAAUCUGUUCACAGGAGGCAUUCCCAACGCCUUCACAAGGCUUACGAACAUGGGUUCUCUGGACGUUGGUAACAACAGCCUCAGCUCAGGCCUGGAUGUGGUGGCUCAAAUGACAUGGCUCACAAUCAUAGACCUCAGUACCAACAACUUCUCUGGUGUGCUUCCAGCGUCCCUCACAGCAAUCAAGAACCUCUCAUUCUUACUGAUUGGUGACAACCACUUCACGGGAACCUUCCCCCUGCCUGUUCUGCAGAUGAAGAGCCUUGAAUUCCUGGACUUGAGCAACAACAGUUUUUCUGGGAUCAUCCCCGACAAGUUGGCUGCCAUCACCACCCUGCAGGACAUUAAUCUCGAUGACAACAAAUUCCAUGGGACUAUCCCUGUCGGCGUGUUUAAACUCCCCUUGCUGAACUCACUGCAAGUGGCUAACAACUUCCUUUCUGGCGGCCUUCCAAAGACUCUCAGAGCCUCAACCUCUCUUGUCACGCUUAGCUUGGGAGGAAAUGGAUUCUUGGGCCCCCUACCAGACUUCUCUCUUUGGAAUGUCAGCAUCAUUUUUCUAGCUCUCAACAACAACAACUUCACCGGGUCCAUUCCGGACUCCAUCUCCACCCUCACCACUCUCGAGGCUCUCGGUCUCAACAACAACCAGCUGACAGGCUCCAUCCCUGCUGCCAUCUUCAACAUGACGACUCUCAAAAACCUCUAUCUGGCCAGCAACAAUCUCAGCGGCAGUUUGCCGUCUGCCAUCAGUCGCCUAGAGCAUCUCGAACAGAUCUGGCUGGACAACAAUGGCAUCGAGGGCCCCCUGCCAUCUGCCAUCUGCUCACUGCCCUUGUUGUGGCGCAUCAUGGCAAGCAACAACCACCUCUACGGGCCCAUACCAGACUGUCUCUUCAACAAGUGCAUUAACCAAAUAGAUGUGAGCGGCAACAGCCUGUACGGGCGCAUCAACCGCAACUUCAAGAACAUGGCACCAGAGAACGCCCUCAUCAACUUGGCUCACAACUACUUCUAUGGCGAUGCGGUGCUCUUCGCUGCAGGCUGCCAGGUCUGCCCCAUGGAGAUCACUGAUCCUAACAGCUUGGACCUGGGAAACACGUUUGACUCGUUUGCAGGGAAGUGCAUCAGCAGUGUAACCUCAAGCAUAAGAGAUUACUCUGUAGCAGGUGCAGGCCAGGGGGCGAGAGUGAGUCUGUUGGGCAACUGCCUGACCCUCAGCCCGGAUGCAGACUGUGUGUCCAAUGCCACCCAGCGGAGUGCGGCAGCCUGCCAUGCGUUCUGCAGCAUCACGGACAACGGCCCGUGUGACGGCCAUGGGGCGUGUGUGCCGCCUGCACCGGCCUCCACCUCCAACUUCACGUGCCAGUGUGACGCCGGGUACUCUGCCAUCGACGCAGGCAACGGGUCCACGUGCGCCAUUGUCAACUCCACCACCACCACUGUAUCCUCUCUGUCCACGGGCGCCAUAGUGGGCAUUGCUGUGGGCUGCUUUGCUGGCUUCGUGUUGCUGGCUGCUGUGCUCGCAUGGCUGCUGUGGCCUCGCGGCCAAAAGAAGUGGGAGGGUCUGGAUGUAUGCGAGCAAUUCACGCUGCAGCAGAUGGUGAAGGCAACCAACAACUGGUCCAAGGAGAACGUGCUCGGCAAGGGCGGCUUUGGCAUUGUCUACCAGGGUGUGUCGCCGCAGGGGCAGCCGUGGGCUAUCAAGCGGUCCACUGUCAUGACCAACGACUUUGAAACGGAGGUGCGAGCCAUGGCGUCUCUCCACCACGCGAAUCUGGUGCGGCUGCUGGGCUUUUGUCUGGACCAGAACCUUGAGACGGGCAAGCAGGAGCAGAUCCUGGUGUACGAGUUUGUGGGCAACAGAGACCUGGAGUACCACAUCUACAAGACCAAGAACCCGCUCACGCUGCGCCAGAGGCUGCGCCUGGCGCAGGGAGCAGCGGAGGGGCUGGCGUACCUGCACGGGUUUGAGAGGUCCAUUGUUCACCGCGACAUCAAGCCGGCCAACAUCCUUGUGACUUCCGACAUGAAUGCCAAGGUGGCUGACUUUGGGCUGCUCAAGCUGCUCACCCAUGGCGAUGCGGAUGCGACUCGAGUGGCGGGAACUCCCGGCUAUGUGGACCCCGACUACAACCGCACCAACAUUAUCACUGCCAAGAGUGAUGUCUUCAGCUUUGGCAUCGUGCUGCUGGAGCUGCUGAGUGGACAGCCGCCCCAAGUCCACAAGAAGUCCCACAUCAGAGAAUGGGCAAUGAAGCUGGUGGAGGCGUACGAGCUGGACGAGCUCAAGGACAGCAAGCUGCAGGCUGGUGAGGAUUCCAUAGUGGACUUUGCCGACCUGGCUCUGGACUGCAUCAAGGCACCGGGCACACGGCGCCCCGAUAUGAAGGAGGUGGCGUACCGCCUCAACGCCCUCAUUGACAAGCACUGCCCCGACAAGGAGGAAGAGUGGGAGUCUGCGGCGAAAGAAGGGAGUUCGAGCACCGGAACCGGAGAGGAUGAUGCGUCUUCAGAGAUGAAUUCUGACGUGACGUCUGGAAUGGGAGGAAGGGAGUCGUGGAUGUCUCGCUCGCACGGUGGUGGGGGCUCAUUCACGAGCAUGGGCUCGAUCACGGAGGGCGUGAAGAGCUGGCUGCAGAUGAAGCCCACUAAGGGGUACUGAGUUGGCACUACAUGGCUAUUGAAGAAAUGAACCUGGCAUAGAAAUACAUCUGCUCGUGGGGGUGCUUAAUUUGGGACCUGCUAUAGUGGUUGACUACACGUGUGAUGGGUUCAGGGCCCUCGAUACGGGUGUGUUUCCCUUUUCCCUAUGAUUCUUGACUAGUAAUAUGGUACUCUUUCUUUUUUUUGCUAUGCAUUCACUUCUCAAUAUAAGAGGAGUUGUUGACUCAAUUCCUCGGGGUUAGGUCCAACUUGGGACUCGUUUUUCUAUUCAUGAUAGCCAUUCUUAGUAAC